AUGGGAGCCCAAGGAGGCCCAAAGGAGAGCUUCUCCAGAGCCGGAGAUCGACCGGGAAACAUCGAAUCAUAUGACGGGCCCAAUGGCAACCAUCCAAGGGCGGCAUGGCGGCCGCAUCGAGGACGUUGGAACCCAAAAUCGGCUCCUAACCGAGAACCGGACAGGAGCGCCUCUCACACUCCUGAAAAAGCGAAUGCUGGGAAUUCGCGCAGGAAUCGCAAAGCGCGCAAUUUCAAGAAUCAAGGACGACAUUUGAAUCCGGAAGCGCAGGCGUACGGAUCGCAGGUGGAGCAGCCGUUUGCUUUCCCCGGAGUGCCAUCGGCUUCGUCGCAAGCCUUUCCUUCUCAGAUGUCUUCGAAUACUACGGGAUCCGCUCCGGAGUUUCCGUUAGAUUUUCAAAAUUUCAACGCGAUGCCACCCUUCCCGGGAUUUCCAAACCCUGCCGACGUCUUCAAUGGCCAGGGAUUGCAAUUCCCGCCUUUCAACCCGUCGGACCAGCAGCAACAGUACCAAUCAUCUUUCAACACCCCGUCAUGGAAUGACAUAAAUAGCCCGGCGAACUUACUCCCGCCGAUGCCUCCUCCAGCGUUCAUGAUGAAUAUGGGCCUACAGAACCCGGCAAUGGCAGGGUCCAUGUUCAAUGGUUUUCCCUUCCUCCCCUUUGACCCCAUGGCGCUCGCAAAUGCCGGUUCCACGGGGGUUUUUCCUGCGAUGCCCGAAGUCCCACCCGUAGAGGCUUCGCCGAGAGGCCAGAAAAAGAAAUCGCCAUCCAAAGCUCCUCGCCCUCCUUCGCCAAGCCGGGGCUACCUUGCGCAAUCGUCGUUACCACCUGCCGGGUCUCACUCUCCCCAGCCUCUACUCAUCAUUCUUGACUUGAAUGGCACGCUCAUCUACCGAAAGCAUCGGCGAUUACCCCCGUCAUUCGCACGGCGGGCCGGCUUAGAAAACUUCCUUGACACAUUGCUGCGAGACUAUAAAGUCAUGAUCUGGUCUAGCUCUCAGCCGGAAACCGUCGACGCCGUUUGCGAUAAGCUCUUCCCCGGCGACAAACGAAAAGCGCUUGUGGCUGAAUGGGGCCGGGACAAGUUCAACCUAUCGGCCGACCAUUACCGCGCCAAAAUUCAGGUCUACAAAACGUUGGAAACCGUCUGGGCGGACUCGAAGGUUCAAGCAUCUUAUCCGGGCUCUCAGGGCAACAAGACCCGCUGGGAUCAGACCAACACUAUUCUGAUCGACGAUAGCAAACUCAAGGCAGUCAGCGAGCCGUAUAAUAUCCUUGAGAUCCCCGAGUUCACUAAUGCCCCUGAUGAUCCUUCGAUUUUCCCCAAGGUUCUUCGCGUCCUCGAAAUCCUGACAAGACACGACGACAUCAGCAAAGUCCUUCGGGACUGGCAGUCGAAAUUAUCCGGAAAGACCAACAUCCUCGACCUCCCUUUCAAUGGCAACACUAUCGACCAUCAUUUUCUCGACACCACCCCCUCCUCCACCUCUUCCACCCAGAACAACCCUCAAGGCCAACAAACUCAGCAACAACACCCCCUUCCUCCACCUACGGGCCCUGAAGCAACCGCCCAAGCCCGCAAGGAGCGCCGCAAGAUCCGCAAACAAGAACGCAAAGCGCGACAGAAGGAGCGCAAGUUCCGCAGCAAAGAAGAACCCCAGACCUCGUCGAGCGGCAUCAUCUCCGGCGGCGUGCCGCUACCAGCAACAGCAGUAGCAGGAGGAGCCACCGCGACGACGACGACGACAGCUACAACAUCGUCAUCCACUGAGGCAGAUUAUCCUUCUCCGGCUGCCGCGCGCUCACCAUCCCCCGCGACGUCAACCGAAUCCGAGAAUUAUCUAUUAGAUCGAUUAGAAGAGUCGUUGAAUGUUUGA